AUGGCUACGGAGGACAACAGCCAUGGCAUUUACAAACCCCUCGGCAACCCGGAAAAGGAGAUCAGACUCCUCUCGCUUCUUCCAGCCGAUAGCGAGGACGCCACCGAAGACUCAACACUCAAAGGCACACUGUGUCACCGCUUCCUGGACGAUGACCCGCCAUACACCGCCUUGUCGUACGUCUGGGGUAACCCGAACGACACGCGUACGAUGAUCGUCGAUGGCCAUGAAGUCCAGAUCACUACGAACCUCGCAGACGCGCUCUAUCAGCUCCGACGACACCGCUUCAGAACGAUUUGGGCGGAUGCGCUUUGCAUCAAUCAGCGCAAUGAGAAAGAAAAAGGUCACCAAGUCCAGAAGAUGGGUACUAUAUUCAAGAAGGCGACGGAGGUCUUUGCAUGGGUGGGGACUGGUGAUGAUGAGAGCAUUCGGGCGACGGAACAGAUC